UACAUCUAUGUGUCCAUGAGUGAGGGUAUUGAGUAUAUUCAUAGCAAGAGGCUGGUAAAAAUUUUAUUUCAUCCAAUGGUAAACAUUUUAGGAGGAGUUUAAGCCCAAAAUAAUAUGGAUGAGCACAAUGUUAACUGAGUCUAAACUAGAUUCUGUGAAUGGUUAACAAUCAAUUGUUGUAGUCAUUUUAUGUCAACUAAACACAACACAUAUUAAUAAAGUUGAACAUUUUCUAAGUCAGUUGACUUGCUUGUUAUAAACCAAUGUUAUCACUUGAUUAUUAAACUUUUAUAGCUUUCAUCUUAACUAAUCUAGUCUAAUGUUUAACUAUAAACAAAUAUUAUAAGUUAUACUGUAAAUUGUGUUAUUUAAUAACAAGUCAACGAUAAUUUUGUUUCCUUUAAUUAGUUCUUGUUUUUGGUUUCAAUUUUAACUAAUCAUUUUUCACUCCUCCUCAAUGUUUCCAUUUCAUUUGUGAGUGUUAAUGUUUCCUCGAGUGUCAAUCUGUACAUCAUAUCAAGUAACCCGUUGUGGGUUUCCAUAAUUGAUUUUAAUUGUCGCCAUUAACAGUUAAAUAAUUGUUGUGAGCCAUGCCAACAAACGAAACUGUGCAAAGUGAUACAACAACCAAUUAUACGGUUUCAUCGACCAUCAGAAACAGUGAAGUACGAACUGUAAUGCUUUAUGGUGUGCCUAUUAUUGCAUUAAUUAUGGACGGAGUUGAACGCCUUUGUUUAGCCCAAAUAUCUAAUACAUUAUUGAAAAAUUUCAGUUACAAUGAGAUUCACAAUAGGAGAGUCGCACUUGGCAUCACUUGUAUCCAAUGUACACCAGUCCAGUUGGAGUUGUUACGUAGAGCUGGAGCCAUGCCGGUCUCAUCUCGACGCUGUGGUAUGAUAACUAAACGUGAAGCUGAGCGACUUUGUAAAUCAUUUCUAGCUGAAACUCAACCUCCUAAAUUGCCGGAAAAUUUUGCAUUCGAUAUUUAUCACCAUUGUUCUUGGGGCUGUAAAGGUAGUUUCAUGCCAUCUCGGUACAACAGUUCAAGGUAAACGAAUCUAUUGCCUUUAAAUAUCUUUGAUGUUAACACCUUUUCUUUC